UAGCUCCUAUAUAAACACAAAGGAGAAAGACCAAAUCUUUCACCAAACAUGAAUUUGGUCUUCGCUAUUAUACUCUUUAGUUUCUUCCUCACGUAACAUUAAUAGUUUUGGUAUAUACCAAAAUCUAUGGACUAUGAUCUUAACACCAACCCAUUCGAUCUUCAUUUCUCCGGUAAACUUCCGAAAAGGGAACCCUCGGAUUCAGGUUCUGAAGAUGUGAUGAGAAAAUGGUUUGUGAAAGAUGAGACAUGUAUGUUACAAGAGGAGUUAACCCGGGUUAAUUCGGAGAACAAGAAGCUGACUGAAACGCUAGCUAGAGUCUCUGAGAAGUAUUCUGAGUUACAGAAUCUUUUUAAGGAGUUGCAGAGUCGUGAAAAUGUUAACUUUUGUAACGAAAGGAAACGAAAACAAGACAGAGAUGAGUUUGUAAGCUCCCCAAUUGGAAUCAGUUGCGGCGGAACAGUUGAGAAAUCAACUGUUUCAACCGCUUACUUCCAUGCUGAGAAGUCUGACACAAGCUUGACUGUGAAAGAUGGAUAUCAAUGGAGGAAAUACGGGCAAAAGAUUACGCGAGAUAAUCCAUCUCCUCGAGCUUACUUCAGAUGUUCGUUUUCACCGUCUUGUCUGGUCAAAAAGAAGGUGCAACGAAGUGCAGAAGAUCCAUCUUUCGUGGUUGCUACUUACGAAGGGACACAUAACCAUCCAGGACCAAAUGCAAGUGUGUCUAGGACAGUGAAGCUUGAUCUAGUUCAAGGAGGGCUUGAACCAGUUGAGGAAAAGAAAGGGAGAGGAACGAUUCAAGACGUCCUGGUGCAACAAAUGGCCUCUUCUUUGACUAAAGAUCCUAAGUUCACUGCAGCUCUUGCGGCUGCUAUAUCAGGGAGAUUUAUAGAGCAAUCAAGAACAUGAAAGUUCUGUAGAAUAUAUAUUUUGUAUGUUCUGUUUUAUUGCUCAUUCGGGUUUUGGGGUGAUAUUUAUUAGGUUAGGAGAUAAAAAAAGUAUUCAGUGUGUAUAUUUACAUCAAAUCAAAGUAUCCAAAAUGAUACACUGAUUUUUCAAACGGUAUAGAAUCAAGGACAAGGACUUGUGAUUACCUGAGUGUUCUGAGAGUGUCGGUUGAGAUGUUACUAAGCAGUAAUGUGUUUUAUAUACUUGUGGAAGUUAUCAGAAGUCAAAUGUGGAGAUUGUAAA